UAUCAUCGAUUGACAUUAAUCGUUAGAUUAAGGGUAAUGUGCUGCAUCAAGUAUCAUUUAUCGAUUGAGGUAAGCCAUAAUCCUUUAAGUAGAUUAUUCUCCUUUAAUGAAUCCUUGUAUGGAUUGCCUAUUAAGCUGAUCCUUAUUAAACAAAUGAUCAGUCGGAAAGCUUAAGAUCUCGUCCAUAAAGCGGUUAGAGCGGUUUCAUUUGCUAGUGAUUAAUUGCAUAAAUGUAUAUAAGAGAUAACUUUCAAAAUACUCGUGAGUGCUAAUUUAUCUCAUAUUGCACGAUAUGUUGCUAGUUGGAAUUAAAUAAAAAGAAUUAAAUCAUUAAAGCCUCAUACAUCUACAAAAUAAAGUGAAAUAAUUAUUUUGAUUUACUAAAUUUUUCAUUCCUCUAUAAAUAGAUGAGAUAGUUACAACUACAUAAUGUAGCAUAAACAAGUACAUUUAAUUAAUCACACUAUAAUUUUCUGAGAAACAUCAAACUAUCUAUAUUAAUGACAUCCGCAAAUUCUUCAUUUCAUUGAUCAUCUUUUAAUCAUGCUUGGUUAAUAUUUUUCCAUUAGCAAGCUUUCUACUUUACAUAGGACUAUAUAAAAAUAUAAAUAUAAAUUUUUGACAAGGCACCACCACCUUCGCGAUCGAUGUAGGAGGUAAUCUAGUGGGAAGACGUAGAGGAGGAGGAAGAGUCAGAAAAUUAGAGCCACGACGAUCAGUCUCCCUCGCGUCGCGCAUCACUUCGAUAGCGUUCGCACUAGAUAAUCUAUAGCGGGAUAAGAUCCAGUCGCGAAUUUUUUCUUUCUAAUUCAUCGUUUCAUGUCGAUCAACAAUUUCUCGUAGUUAUUCAUAGAUCUUCGAAAUUGUGCUCGAGACAAACACGUGACGAAGCGAGAGCACGUGUCCUGUGCAAAAUUAAGUUUUGCAGAAAGUGACAAAUUGAUGGAAAUUGUGCAAAUUCAAUUUCUAUCUAUGAAAUAUCGAGUGCAGCAAGAUUCGCAGAAUAAGUUACGCGAGCGAUACAACUUCUUCGAAUAUUUUCUAAUAAUAGGUCAAGAUUCAAACUAACUCUCUCGAUUGCACAGCGAGACAUCGAAACCGGAAGAGUACCAUUUUUCCGGUGCGAACAGUUCUCCACUAUUUUCCAGUUUCUUUCUCGGUACAGUCAAUGCUAUUAUUGCAGUGAGAUCUAAAUAUAGAUAAGAACGCGCGUGGUCUCUUGACGUAAAUCGCACCGCUCUUUUUAUCCCAAUUCAACGUGCCGCUGAGAUCGAAGCGCUAUCGAAGGUUUUUGCAUCAUGAAAAAACUCAUAUUACGAAUUCUUCUUGCAUCUUGUGUUCUAGAAAAUUUGUCUGAUGCAGAAUUAACGAGAGCUGAUACCAGAAAAUUGUCAAAGCCAGAAUACAACUAUAAUGGUGCCAAAAGAUCGUACUGCCCCGUGAAUGCUUAUAUCGAGAAUCAACCGGUUAAUCGAUAUGAUAGUUCUCUGCGAUUGAGGCAAUUGAGAUCUGAAAUGAUUCGCGUAGCGGCAGUUCAAGGGCCAGCACUCGAUGGCUACAUCGUUACUUCGGAUGACGAACAUCAAACAGUGAGCUUUGUUUCUCACGGCCGUGACGGCCCUUUAGAGAGCGAAACUGUGGACCCGCGUGAUAUGAGAAGAGAGUUUCUUACUGGAUUUUAUGGAAGUGCUGGAGAAGCUUUAGUCACUAUAGACAAGGCAAUACUUUGGACUGAUGGGCGAUAUCAUAUUCAAGCUGACCAUCAGCUGGACUGCAACUGGAGUUUAAUGAAGCAAGGUGAAUCCGACGUACCAACAAUAACAGAAUGGUUAAUAUACGAGUUUCGAAAUCGAUCGGAAAUACGUAUCGGUGCUAAUCCAAAACUAAUAUCCGCAUUUAUGUGGGAAAUAUGGGAAAACGAAUUAGCAAAUUCAUCUGUAAGAUUGGUCGCAGUCCAUAACGACCUGGUGGACUUAAUCUGGCAGGUGGGCCGACCUGAAUACAAUCCGCAUGCGGCGUAUCCAUUGGCGGACCAAUACUCCGGUAAACCAUGGCAAGAAAAAAUUCGGAGUGUCCGGCUGGAAAUGGAAUUUUCGUCGGCCGACGCGCUGGUCAUCACCGCCCUGGAUGAGAUAACAUGGCUCUUCAAUAUCCGCGGCUACGAUUUACCACACACGCCCGUUCUAAGAGCCUAUGCGAUCAUCACUCAUGGAUCCCUGCAUCUUUAUGCGCCGCGACACAAAAUCCUGCGAUCCGUUGACAUACAUCUGAAAAGUGACUCCUGCUUCCACGCGGAUUGUGUCAAAUGGCACAAUUACACAGCCAUUUGGUAUGAUUUAAAGACUAUGUCCCAAGCCUGGAACACAGUGUGGCUUCCAUCGCCUUAUGGCUAUACAUUGGGUGCGUCCAAAGAAAUAUAUGAUUCUAUUCCACCAGAGAAGAGAUUGACUAAACCUUCGCCUGUAAUUGAUUUACGAGCGGAAAAAAACAAAAUCGAAAUAGCAGGUAUGAGAAGAUCUCAUCUGAGAGAUGCAGUGGCUAUGUGUGAUUUCCUAGCUUACAUAGAAGAACAAUAUGAAUUGGAUUCCGAAGGAUGGGAUGAGAUGCAAGUGGCAAGAGUGGUCAAUGAAUUUCGGUACGAACAAAAUAGCAACAUGGGUAUUGCGUUCCCAACAAUUGCGGGAUAUGGUUCGCACGCCGCUUUGCCGCAUUAUGAGCCAAUUAACUUGACCAAUGUUAAAAUUGGAACCACGUCCACACUAGUAGUUGAUUCCGGAGGACAAUACUUGGAUGGUACUACUGAUGUGACAAGGACUCUACAUUUCGGAGUGCCGACUGAUGAGCAGAAAAAAGCCUAUACAAGAGUGUUGAUCGGUUCGAUCGAAUUAUCGUCUUUGAUCUUCCCCAAUGAUCUGACGACAGAUCAAUUGGACGCUAUUGUACGGAGACCAUUGUGGAGUACCGGUUAUGAUUACAUGCAUGGUACUGGUCACGGAAUUGGUCAUUUUUCUUCAGUUCACGAAUCGCCUAUCCUUGUAUCAUAUUAUGGAUGCAAAAAUUCAGUAACAGGAUGUUCUCUUAAAUUGAAACCAGGAUUUUUUCUAUCAAACGAACCGGGAUACUACAAAGAAGGCGAUUUUGGAAUUCGUUUGGAAAAUAUACUUGAAGUGAUUCCGGCUAGCAAAUUGAAUCAUAAUAGGCAAAAAUUCCUCAAAUUCAGAGACAUUACUCUGGUUCCUUAUGAACCAAAACUUAUUGACAUCAAUAUGUUAACUCCAUUGCAUCGACGUUGGCUAAAUAAUUACAAUAAACGUAUACGAGAAGAAGUUGGCGCAGAGUUGAAAAAAAAAUUAAGAAUGAAAGCAUUUUACUGGAUGAUGGAGAAGACUAUGACCAUUCCAGAAACAAGUUUAGGUAUGCAGGAUUUUUUUCCUGAUUAUUCUCACUCGACGCCGUCUACCACUAGGCAAUUCCACGUCUUGGUUGUGAUUGUUGCAGUUUAUCAUAUCAUAGCAAGUAAACAAUAUUCAAAUAUUUUAUACUUUUAUAUGAUUUUAUCGAUAUUAAAAUAAUGAACAAAUUUUUAUUACAGAUUGCAUAAGAAUGUGUAAUUAAUUUAGAAAGAACAUUACUUUCUGAAUAUUUUAACAUGCACGCGCGUUGUGAAACUUUUUUACUAUAAAAUAUACAUCAUUUCCAAUUCAUUUGUUGAUAUUUAAGCUAUAUAUAUAUAUUAUAUUAUAUUAUCUAGGAAAAAAAAAUAACAUAUAUACAAACAAUCUUUAAUAAAUUAUUUUUCUAUAUAUAA